GACAUUUUUAUCGUGGCUAUAGCCAUUUCACUCAUGGCGCUCAUGAGGCUACUUUCAAGGUCUGGUUUAGGACCGUGUUUCACUUUUGCUUCUUUCACCACUGAAGCUAAAAGCUGCAUUUUGAUCGAAACGAAAUCCUGCGGAAUAAUCAUUUUGAAUCGGCCCAAAGUGUUAAAUUCGCUCAACGUACCAAUGAUCCGACAAAUUUACCCGCAACUGAAAAAGUGGAAUGAAAACCCCAGAAAGGGUCUGGCGGAAGAGCUUUCUGUGCCGGUGGGGAUGUGCGUGCUCUGGUUGAUGUCGCAAAGACGGACGUUAUGCUUUGCCAAACAUUCUUCCGAGAGGAAUAUCAGCUAAACUAUUUGAUUGGUACCUUGUCAAAACCUUUCAUAGCGCUGAUUGAUGGAGUGACGAUGGGUGGGGGUGUUGGCCUGUCAGUCCACGGCAAGUACCGGGUCGCGACUGAAAAAACUUUGUUUUCCAUGCCGGAGACGGCUAUUGGUCUAUUCCCCGACGUUGGGGGUGGAUAUUUUUUGCCUCGGUUGCCAUUUCCCGGUCUUGGUGCUUUUCUAGCACUCACAGGGCACAGACUCAAUGGGCUGGAAGUUCUCUGGGCUGGUGUUGCGACUCACUAUCGGCCUUCAAAUGAGAUUGAAACUCUCAAAGAAGCGCUGUAUCGUCUUGAGUUUCCGGCGAUCACUUGUGCCUCAGAUAUCAGUAAAAUCAACAAGGAAAUCGCCCACUUACUAGAUGCUCGAACAGAGAAACCAGUUGCGCCAGUAUCUUUGGCACCACACAUGGACGCCAUCGGGACUAUCUUCGCCCUGUUUGAAUCAGGUGCUGCAGUCACUGUGGAGGAUAUUCUGCGAAAAUUGGAAAUCUACUCGAAAACAGGAACUGCGAAUAAAGAGUGGGCGGAGACAUAUAUUAACAUCUUGAACCGAAUGUCACCCACUUCUCUCAAGAUCACCCUUCGACAAUUGCAAGAAGGAUCAAAACUAUCUUUUGCAGACAAUUUUAAAAUGGAAUUCCGCUUAUCGCAACAUUGUGUUCGACGACCUGAUCUCGCUGAAGGCAUCCGAGCGGUGCUAAUUGACAAAGAUAGUAGUCCACGAUGGGACCCACCUCACUUGUCUCUCGUUACAAAAGAAUUGGUCGACUCAUACUUUUCCCCCAUUCCUGGUGUGCCCGAAUGGUGCAUUUGAAUUUGCUCCUCAUCUUUCCUAGUCUUUCUUGAACUUUAUUGAAGAUAUUAUUUUGCCUGAUGAUCACAUAUUUCGAAAUAAAUAAUGUUAGAAGACAAUUGGCGCGAAAAAAUUCUUUUCGACGAUUCUCAUCAGGCAUGUACAAUUAUGGUACCAAUAAC